CUUUCACUUUACACUAAGCGAAGAAGAUUGAUUGCAUGCCUUGUGUACAGAACUUGCCACGGAGGGUUUGAUCAUGGACCUACAAUCUCUACUUGUGUGGAUCGUUAUCCUCUUCAAUGUGGUUGGCAUGGUGAUGAUUUUGCUUGGGGAUGCUGACAUUCUUCUUCAGAUCAGGGCAAAGUUUGGAAAGUCUGUCAAGUCGCUGGCUGGUCAAGUCAUAUGGAUUACUGGAGCUUCCAGUGGAAUCGGCGAGGAGUUGGCGUACGAGUUAGCCAGGGCAGGCUGCCGACUGGUUCUAUCAGCAAGACGGAUAAAGGAACUGGAGAGAGUAAAAAAAGAGUGCAUGUUAAGAGGAAGGGUUAAGGAUGAGGACAUUUUAGUACUGAAACUGGAUUCAAUUGACUUCGCCAGUCAUAAAACCGCAGUGAACAAAGUCCUUGCACACUUCAAACACAUAGAUGUGCUAGUGAACAAUGCCGGUCGAUCCCAGCGAGCGGAAUGGCUGAAGACGUCGGUCCAGGUCGACAGGGAUAUGCUGGAGCUUAAUGUACUUGGAGUGUUGUCUCUUUCAAAGCUGGUCCUCCCAUAUAUGAUUGAAAGGGGUUCAGGGCAUAUUGUCAAUAUUUCAAGCGUGGCAGGAAAGCUAGGUGCUCCACUUUCAGGAUCUUACACAGGUGCAAAACAUGCUUUACAGGGUUGGUUUGAUGCAUUGAGGAUAGAGGUUGGUGACAAAAACAUCCACGUGACCAACGUCUGUCCGGGUCCCGUUUUCUCCAACAUCCUGGCAGUGGCCUUCACCGAGAAUGAAGGAGAGGAGUUCCGUGGAGAAAUGAAUCCGAAUGAAAAACGGAUGAAGACGGACCGCUGUGCUUAUCUAACUGGAGUCGCCAUGGCCAACAAGAUGUGGGAAGUGUGGAUUGCAAAGAACCCUGUGCUUUUCUUCUGUUAUGCAAACCAGUACAUGCCCAAUUUGACAAAAUGGUUGUCAGGAAAAUUGGGUCUUAAAACCAUCAAGAAGAUGAGGGAAGGACAAAACUGAAUCUUUGUCGAAAACGAUUAGGUUUUUAAAUUUGAGGGAUUUUGAGGGUGUGUUUUUUUUACACAUAAUUCAGCAUUAAAUAUCACUGAGCAUCCAAUAAAAGCGGAUAUUGAAAUCCGGAUAGACUUGUGGGGUGCACACCACAAGAAUACGAAAUAGUUAUUGUUAUUAAUAGAAAUUUAUAAAAUUACAUUUGAUUGGAAGAUAACUGACUUUUUGUUUGUAUUCACUGUGAUAUACAUGUUUAUACAUUAUACAUGUAGAAGACCAAUACUCAAUACUACUGUGAUACAUAUGUCAAAUAGAAGUUAUCGUGAUUACCAGAUAACUAUCCCUGUAUAUCGUGAUUACCAGAUAACAAUCCCUGUAUAUCGUGAUUACCAGAUAACUAUCCCUGUAUAUUGUGAUUACCAGAUAACAAUCCCUGUAUAUCGUGAUUACCAGAUAACUAUCCCUGUAUAUCGUGAUUACCAGAUAACUAUCCCUGUAUAUCGUGAUUACCAGAUAACAAUCCCUGUAUGUCGUGAUUACCAGAUAACUAUCCCUGUAUAUCGUGAUUACCAGAUAACAAUCCCUGUAUAUCGUGUUACCACAGAACUAUCCCUGUAUGUCGUGAUUACCAGAUAACUAUCCCUGUAUGUCGUGAUUACCAGAUAACUAUCCCUGUAUAUCGUGAUUACCAGAUAACUAUCCCUGUAUGUCGUGAUUACCAGAUAACGAUCCCUGUAUAUCGUGAUUACCAGAUAACUAUCCCUGUAUAUCGUGAUUACCAGAUAACAAUCCCUGUAUAUCGUGAUUACCAGAUAACAAUCCCUGUAUAUCGUGAUUAUCAGAUAACUAUCCCUGUAUAUCGUGAUUACCAGAGAAAUAUCCCUGUAUGUCGUGAUUACCAGAUAACAAUCCCUGUAUGUCGUGAUUACCAUGGAACUAUCCCUGUAUGUCGUGAUUACCAGAUAACUAUCCCUGUAUAUCGUGAUUAGUAUAAAACACUAUCUGUAUGUCUUUAUUAUUAUAGAACAAUCCCCGUGUGUCGGUGUUACUGGGGAAUAACCCUGUAUGACGACAUUACCAGAAAACUAUCCCUGUAUAUCGUGAUUACCAGAUAACUACCCCUGUAUAUCGUGAUUACCAGAUAACAAUCCCUGUAUAUCUUGAUUACCAGAGAAAUAUCCUGUAUAUCGUGAUUAUCACAGAACUAUCCCUGUACAUCGUGAUUACCAUGGAACUAUCCCUGUAUAUCGUGAUUACCAGAUAACUAUCCUUGUAUAUCGUGAUUACCAGAUAACAAUCCCUGUAUAUCGUGAUUACCAGAUAACUAUCCCUGUAUAUCGUGAUUACCAGAUAACUAUCCCUGUAUAUCGUGAUUACCAUGGAACUAUCCCUGUGUAUCGUGAUUACCAGAUAACUGUCCCUGUAUAUCGUGAUUACCAGAUAACUAUCCCUGUAUAUCGUGAUUACCAGAUAACUAUCCCUGUAUAUCGUGAUUACCCGAUAACUAUCCCUGUAUAUCGUGAUUACCAGAUAACUAUCCCUGUAUAUCGUUAUUACCCGAUAACAAUCCCUGUAUAUCGUGAUUACCAGAUAACUAUCCCUGUAUAUCGUGAUUACCAGAUAAAUAUCCCUGUAUAUCGUGAUUACCAUGGAACUAUCCCUGUGUAUCGUGAUUACCAGAUAACUAUCCCUGUAUAUCGUGAUUACCACAGAACAAUCCCUGUAUAUCGUGAUUAACAGAUAACAAUCCCUGUAUAUCGUGAUUACCAGAUAACUAUCCCUGUAUAUCGUGAUUACCACAGAACUAUCCCUGUAUAUCGUGAUUACCAGAUAACUAUCCCUGUAUAUCGUGAUUACCAGAUAACACUCCCUGUAUGUCGUGAUUACCAGAUAACACUCCCUGUAUAUCGUGAUUACCAGAUAACACUCCCUGUAUGUCGUGAUUAGUAUAAAACACUAUCUGUAUGUCUUUAUUAUUAUAGAACAAUCCCCGUGUUUCGGUGUUGUUGGGGAAUAACCCUGUAUGACGACAUUACUAGAAAACAAUCCCUGUAUGUCGUUGUUACUUAAGUAUUAUCCCCGAUGUCGAUAUUACUAAAAUAUAGUCACUGGAAGUCCUUUUUUUUCAAGAACCUAUAUCUUUAUGUCUUUGUUAUUAGAUAAUGGUCCCUGUAUGUCCUCAUUAAUGGAGAACUAUUCCUGUAUGUCCUCAUUAAUGGAGAACUAUCCCUGUAUGUCCUCAUUAAUUGAGAACUAUCCCUGUAUGUCCUCAUUAAUGGAGAACUAUUCCUGUAUGCCGUCGUAACUAAAAGAUAACCCUGUAUGUCCUCAUUAAUUGAGAACUAUCCCUGUAUGUCGUCGUUGCCCGUAACUAAAGGUUAAUCCCUAAAUUCCGAUGGAAAUGGCAAAUGGCAAAAUUAAGGCAGAAAUUCAUGUACCAUGUGUUUUCUACGAUACCAGUGUUAAUUAUCUCUGUAUAUAUCUGUGUGUUGUAACUUUUACAUUACCGCAUGAUCCGAUAUCAUAUUGCGAUAUAUCAAAUAUCAUUAAACGUUACCUAGCAGUCAAUCUUAUUAAAAUUAGACUUGUAAUUUACGUUCCUCUACGAUACACUGCAAUACAAGAUCAUCGUCGUGUUUCGUAGAGGAGCGGAAAUUACAAGUCUAAUUCUAAUUUGAUUGCCUAACAGUUAACAGCAAGUUGAUGUUGUAGUAAGUUGUAUUUUGCUACAUGUAUUAUUAUACGUCAUUAUUCACUGUCCGCUUUUACUUUAGCACUUUUAUUGACAACAAAAUCAAAAAAUAUUUAGAAUAAAUGAAACUAAUUAACGGUUGAGAAUCAAAGAAAGGAGAACCAAAACAAAAAUAGUUUUAUACAUACACAUGUAUUAUGACACAUGUACAUGUAGUAACAGAUUCCCAAUGGUAUAUUUCCAGGCCUGAUCAAACAUUUCAAUAGAUUAUAACUUCCUUGUUUGUCGCACCAACUCUGGUCACAUCAGUGGAGCUGUUAGCAUGCUUGACCAGACACUGGCAUCACUAAAUAACCAGAUAUGUGCAUUGAUCUUACAUAUUGUAUGCAUGAGUAUGUCAAUUGUCAUACAAUGGCAAUUUGUAUUUGUGUUACUUUUUUAAUCAGAUGUUUUGUGAAAUGCUACAUUUCAGUGAAGGCAUUAAAAUAAUAUCGAAAUUUCAAA